CGAGGAGUAAUCGAGAGAGAUCUUCACUAUAAAACGUGGCCGAUUUCGGAAUCGUAAUCACUGCGUCCUGCGACAGCGACAACAGAUCAUCCGGUGCUCGUCUUCUGGAAGUCCAAGUUCAUGGCUUCCAAAUUGUUUGGGUUGUUGCUUUUGACGGCUUUGUUCGCCUACAGUGCGGCCACUUUUGGCAAAGAACAUGUGCAUAUAAGGAUUCAUGUUCCGGAACCUGCCCAUCAUCAUGGUCACCACGAACACCAUGAAGAAAUCGUUCACCAUCACCACGACGAUGGUGGCGGCUUUGGCGGUGGAUUUGGUGGUGGUUUCGGCGGCGGUGGCGGUGGCGGUCACCACCAUCACGGAGGCGGCGAUGGCGGCAAAAUUAUAAUUUUGCAACAGGAUGGUGGCGGUCACGGCGGCGGAUUCGGAGGCGGUUUUGGAGGAGGACACGAUGAUCACCACCAUGGUGGUGGUGGUGGCGGUUUUGGCGGCGGUUUCGGUGGAGGUCACGAUGACCACCACGGAGGCGGCGGAUUUGGCGGCGGAGGUUUUGGAGGCGGACAUGACGACCACCAUGGAGGUGGCGGAUUUGGCGGUGGAUUUGGCGGAGGUUUUGGCGGCGGCCACGAUGAUCACCACGGAGGUGGCGGCUAUGGAGGAGGCGGCGGUUUUGGAGGCGGCCAUGAUGAUCACCACGGCGGUGGUGGCGGAUUUGGAGGUGGUUUCGGAGGCGGAUUUGGCGGCGGCCACGAUGAUCACCACGGAGGUGGAGGAUACGGUGGAGGCGGCGGAUUUGGAGGAGGAGGAGGUUUUGGAGGCGGUCAUGACGAUCACCACGGAGGUGGUGGCGGAUUUGGAGGAGGCGGCGGUUUUGGAGGUGGUCAUGACGAUCACCACGGAGGUGGUGGCGGAUUUGGAGGAGGAUUCGGAGGCGGAUUUGGCGGCGGCCACGAUGAUCACCACGGAGGUGGAGGAUACGGUGGAGGCGGCGGAUUUGGAGGAGGAGGAGGAGGUUUUGGAGGAGGUCAUGACGAUCACCACGGAGGUGGUGGAUACGGCGGCGGUGGAGGUGGAUUUGGAGGCGGCCAUGACGAUCACCACGGAGGUGGUGGAUUCGGUGGCGGCGGAGGAUUUGGAGGCGGUUUUGGAGGUGGACACGAUGAUCAUCACGGAGGCGGCGGAGGCGGUUACGGAGGAGGUGGCGGCGGCUUUGGCGGCGGUCACGGCGGCGGUGCGUCUCACACCACUAUUAUUCUGAAAGGAGGCGGCGGAUUUGGAGGAGGAUUUGGGGGCGGCCACGGCGGAGGUGGCGGAUUUGGAGGCGGCCACGGCGGUCAUCAUGGCGGUUAUGACAAAUAAUCGAUGCCAAAAGUACCUAAAGUCUGUCAUUUUUAGUGUUAGUUCAUAAUUUAUCAUCGUCAUCGUGUUUUUGUGUCAUUGUAUGUCUGUGUCUUUGUAAAUAUUGUUGAUAUUUUUUGUUAUUAAUUAUAUAUUUUUUUAUAAUAUAACAUAUACAUAACAAACACGUUUUAUUUACAAUUUUAUCUGCAAGAAGUUCAGAACAAGUAGUGAUGAAAAAACUGAUAAAAUUGUGAUAGAGUAAAACUUUCUUCAACUUUACUCUUCCUUUGGUAUUUCGAACUGUAAUGCCACUAAAACAUAAGUUAGAAUGUUUGCAGAUAUCUAAAAAUCGAAAUAAAAUUUAAAUUAAA